AUGCCUCGGUCCUUCUUGGUGAAGAGUAAGAAGGCGCACAGCUACCACAAACCUCGCUCCUUAGAAGAUGACUACAGUAGACUGGAUACUGUCUUAGCUCAUAUAUGUGCAGAGAAUAGUAAGAUUCUAGAGGACUCGGAUGCGUUGACAGGAGGCGAUGCCAUCCGCGGGUUCUCCCCAGACUCUCACCUAGUGGACACGGCUGACUUCUCCUCCAAGUCCACACUCAGCUGUGGGGACAGUGUGUGCAGUCCAGCUUCAGUUUAUGAAGACUUCUGGCGGCCUCCAUCGCCUUCAGCAUCACCAGAUUCAGAGAAAUCCCUGUCCCCGGUGGACGAGACACAACCCUUCCCCGUUGUUCCCUUCCGGCCCUAUGCGUGGAAAAGUUACUCUGGUUCGGACAUCCGUCACCUGGUCCAGCAGAGUCUCCAUCACCAGCACCACCACCCCAUGGACUUGAAUAGAAGCCCGGCGAUAGGGUACUACAGCGACCGGGCCAUCGAACCAACCCUCUUUAACAGAAGUCCGGUAGCAGAAAAGGACAGUGAUUACCGGUCCGCUGCCGGUCUGUUCGAGAGAGCCGUCGCCCCCGGGGUUGGGUUGUACUCUGAAGGGAACCUGCACGGGAAAAGACCAGAAAUCAAGGCUGAGUCUGACUUACCCUGCUCACGGUUCAUUCUGAAUGGUACCUACAAGUGCAUCAAAUGCAGUAAGGCGUUUUCGACUCCCCAUGGGUUGGAGGUUCACGUUCGCAGAUCACACAGUGGCACGAGGCCCUACGCUUGUGAUAUCUGUGGCAAAACCUUCGGACAUGCUGUCAGCCUCGAGCAACAUAAAGCUGUGCACUCUCAGGAAAGAAGCUUUGAUUGCAAAAUAUGCGGUAAAAGCUUCAAAAGGUCGUCGACUCUCUCCACGCAUCUCCUCAUCCACUCUGAUACACGGCCUUACCCAUGCCAGCAUUGCGGGAAGAGGUUCCACCAGAAAUCAGACAUGAAGAAACAUACAUUCAUCCACACAGGUGAGAAGCCGCACAAAUGCCAAGUGUGUGGGAAAGCGUUCAGCCAGAGCUCCAACCUCAUAACGCACAGCCGGAAACACACGGGCUUCAAACCAUUCGGAUGCGACCUCUGCAGCAAGGGAUUCCAGAGAAAAGUCGACUUAAGAAGACACAAAGAGUCACAACAUGGACUAAAACCCUCAAACUAA